AUGGAGGAACGUCGUCGUCACGGCUUUCGUGUGUCGAAGAGGGAUGCUGUGGAAGGUCGGAAGUUGGAAAGGAGACGCGUGUGGGAAGAAAAACUUGACCGAGCCGAUUUCGUGAAGCUGCAGACGGAGCUGGAGUCCUUAAGCAGAGCUGUGUUUUUGACGCCACAGCAGAACGAGCGGAAGAGGCUUCUUGGGAGAAUGGUGAGGGAUCUGGAGGAGAGAACUCGUGCGGCUUUGGGUGGGGAGGGGGAACCUCAAUUGGACCCACAAUGCCGUGAGUCGAGUGUUUCUGGCUCAUGCUCGGACGAUUAUGACGACCUCUUCGACCGCACGCGCGCGGGAGCUGCAGUUAGAGACAACCCCCCAACGAAGGCCACUCAAUUGCUGCCAAGCAGCGUGCGAAAAAGGUGCAACGGGGGCGAUGUGGGUGGUGGGGGCGCCAGGAAACGCGCAAGGAUAGCUGAGGAGGCUCUGCUUGCCAGCGAUACUCUGGGCGACGGUGUCGAGGAGUUUUUGGAUUCGUUGUAA